AUGGUCAACGAUGGAAAGCAGAUGUUGUGUGAAGAUGUGAAGGCAAUGCCUCCCUCUGAGAUCGUCAAUCAGCACCAUGGAAUGUGCGGCACUCAUGCCUGCAUGGGCGCUGACGAACGGUGUCUGCAUGUCGAUCAUCAAGAGGAAGAGCUCACACAGCCGAAGAAGGGGCAAUGCCCUGGAAACUGCCAUGACGACUGCAUCCGGUCCUCUGAAAGGCUGGAGUGCAUCCAUGUAGGCGAGAUCACCCAAGAAGCUGGCACUGAAGGGCACAAUGCUCAAUUCGUGCGAGGCGACUUCAAGCAGCCAGAAAAGUAUGAAGUCUUCUCCAUGUCCAUGCCGGCAGUGCCAUGGCUCACGCAGCCAGACUCAGCCCAGUUCCGAAGGACCGCGCGCCGAAAGUCAUGGGAGCGAUUCCUGAGAAGCUGA